UGCUCUGCGGGGCGCCCUGAGCCGGGGCCGCGGGAAGCAGCUUCGGGGGCCGGGGCCACAGGGCAGCUUUCAGCAUGCAUCAGUCCCUGACUCAGCAGCGGUCCAGCGACAUGUCCCUGCCCGAUUCCAUGGGAGCCUUCAAUCGAAGGAAACGAAACUCCAUCUAUGUCACCGUGACUUUGCUCAUUGUGUCGGUGUUAAUUCUCACGGUGGGCCUUGCUGCCACCACCAGGACCCAGAAUGUGACCGUCGGAGGUUAUUACCCGGGAGUUAUCCUCGGCUUUGGAUCCUUCCUUGGAAUCAUCGGAUCAAACCUUGUUGAGAACAAACGGCAGAUGCUGGUGGCUUCUAUCGUCUUCAUCAGCUUCGGUGUGAUUGCGGCCUUUUGUUGUGCCAUUGUGGAUGGGGUCUUUGCUGCCAGACACAUUGAUCUGAAACCACUCUAUGCUAAUCGGUGCCACUACGUCCCCAAGACAUCCCAGAAGGAAGCUGAGGAGGUCAUAAGUUCCUCAACCAAAAAUUCUCCUUCCGCGAGGGUUAUGAGGAACCUCACCCAGGCAGCUAGAGAGGUGAACUGCCCUCACCUCAGCCGAGGAUUCUGCACACCUCGCAUCCGGGGCAACACCUGCUUCUGCUGCGACCUCUACAACUGUGGCAACCGCGUGGAGAUCACCGGUGGGUACUAUGAAUACAUCGACGUCAGCAGCUGCCAGGACAUCAUUCACCUCUACCACCUGCUCUGGUCUGCCACCAUCCUCAACAUCGUCGGCCUGUUCCUGGGCAUCAUCACUGCCGCUGUCCUUGGAGGCUUUAAGGACAUGAACCCAGCUCUGCCAGCGCUGAACUGUUCUGUUGAAAAUGCCCACCCGACGGUUUCUUACUAUGCUCGUCCUCAAGUGGCAUCAUACAAUACCUACUAUCAUAGCCCCCCCCACCUGCCGCCAUAUUCUGCUUACGACUUUCAGCAUUCCGGUGUCUUUCCAUCCUCCCCUCCCUCUGGACUUUCUGAUGAGCCCCAGUCUGCCUCGCCUUCGCCCAGCUACAUGUGGUCCUCGAGCGCACCGCCCCGCUACUCUCCCCCCUACUACCCGCCUUUUGAAAAACCACCACCUUACAGCCCCUAA